UCCACCACUCUUUCUAGCAGCAGCUUUCAGAGUGAAAACAGCAGGUGUGGGAAUUUGCUACCUGAGAGAAAGGAGAUUGUUUCAUCAAGGAAGACUCUGCUGGCUGAGAUUUUGAAAACCUUCUGUCAGUGUGUUGCUUCCAGGGAGGUGAAGCACCAUGGGGCAGGAUCUCAAGAGGCUAUGGAUGUGCUUGCUCUGGUUCUUCUGUGGCUGGGUGGCCCUAUCACAGGGGGAAAAGGCUCCUGGCCCCUGUAUGAGAAUUGGCAUCUGCACAAUGCAGAAAACUGCCAAGCGCUCGAUGACUGACAAUCACCUUAAAGAAUUGGUAGAGGCUGCAACGAAGACGAAUGCACAUUUUAAAAAAGACAACAAAGGGCUGGAAGUGAAAGAUAUGCAACUUCACGAUUUCAUGAUGAACUAUGUGCCAGAUAUAGAAAUAUGGACCACAUUAAUAAUUCAUAUAAACUUUUCUGGGAAAAGCUUUAUUCAUGGCGAUAUGGAGAUCACCGUGGUAUCCGAAAUAACAACAAGUAUCAGGAUGGCCGCUCUACAGGAUCACAUGAUUCUUUUGCCAAUGUGCAAUGUAAACCUGAUUAACGUUAAAACCAACCUUCCCAACAACACGCGUCCAAAGACUGUGAAUAAGUUUCUCAACUCUACCCUUGGGAAAGCAUUGACUGAUGUGAUGUGCCCAGCAGCAGACAAAGUUGGUCAAAUGCAGAAACAAUUUGAGUUUUUGGGAGAUGCACAGCCCAUUGGCAAUCAAGGAAAUGUCACAUAUUCCUUGCGUGGUUCUCCAAACAUCACUUCAGACCAUGCACAUAUAUGUUUUAAGACACGAAUCACACGAGCAGAUGGAGAAGAGAUUGAAACCCCCACCGAGCCACCAGCUUUGGAUGUUUUGCCAGAGCUACCAAAGGAGAACUCUGAUCUCUCCUUGCCAGUGAAUGUCCUGAAUGCAGUCAUGGAACUGCACAAAGAUGUCUUGGACCAAGAGGUUUCCAGUGACACGGGGGGUCCUGAGAUAAACAGAGACGUGCUGGUCGAAAAGGUACCAUCGAUUGAAAUCCCUGAGGGAGACUUGAUGUUUGAAAUAAGAAGCACAGAAACCCCAACUUGGGCCCUGGAACCAGGAGUGGCCACCUUGAAAGAUCCUCUCAAGAUAGAAUUAAAGACACGUCCAGAGAAAGAGAACCUCUUCGUCGUGACUGCGACCUUGAAGAUCAGCACCGCUUUUCAGGUGGCGAAUAGACACCUCCAGAUUUCUCUGGGAGAGAACAGCUUGGAAGACUUAGCUUUGGAAUCUUCUUCAGUUGGCGACUUUGAUCCCAAGCUUCUCAACGGCUACUUGCUUGAUAUCCUGCGUGCGACUCUCGUUGAAGACCUGAAAAAGGCACUGGAAAAUCGGCUACCUCUUCCUAACAUGAUGGACGCUGACUAUGGGGGGGCUACCAUUGAAAUCGAACGGAAUACUUUGAGAGCAGUCUUGACUUCGGAGUGCAGCUGAUGCUGCAGUGCAACGUGCCCUCCAUCCACGCAGACUCUUUCCUGUGCACCAAGAGCUUCCCAACUGAGGCAAAAGCAUCUGAUUGAAACCUUUGGAUUCUCUGAAAAAAAUAAAGAACGCAAAGGAAAAGCAGCCCAGCUCCUACUUCCAAGGUUGUGGUGGCAUCACUUGGAGGCUGUCAGAGGUAUCCCUCUCCUCCAAACAGGCCUUAGAAGGGAAUUGUGCAUGUUUUUCCAAUAAAAGAUACUCAUUUCCUU